AUGGUGGCAGGGUACAAUCGAUUAUCUGUGCGUCGAUUGAGUCGACUCGGCACAUGUGUGCCACGAUGGCAGCUCCGCGACCGGCGGCGGACAGGAAUUCCUGCUUUCCCCGAAGCCGCGUCGCUAGAUAAAGCGAGCUGGCGCGCCGGGCGAGCGGCGCGGCGCGGCGCGGCGAGGCGCGAGAUAGAGGCGAGGAAGAGCGGUCGCCAGCCGCCUCCCGCCAGCGGCGCGCAGCCAUCGCCAUGGCCGCGGCCGCCGCCGCGCCCGCGCUCUGGCGGCCGCCCCAGCCGCGUGCUGCUGCUGGCUGCGGAGGGCUGCGGCGCCGACGAGGGCUACGUGCAGCCGCGCAGCUUCCCCGCGCCCGCGCCCGCCCCCGCCGCCCCGCGCGCGCACUCCUACCUGCUGGUGGUCGGCGGGGACCCUGCGGGGGCCGCCACGCCCGCCUACGAAGAGGUGCUGCUGCAGGUGCAGGCGCCGGGCGCGGACGAGGGCUACCUGCCCAUGCAGCGCCACCGACUGCCCACCGUCCUGCGCGCGGUGCGCGGCGCGGCGCUGGAGACCGGCGCCGUCGGCGUCGCCCGCGACCACUACCUCUCCAUGAAGCCGCUCGCCCCGCCUGUAAGCAGAUUCACAUUGGCUGAUGGGAGG